AUGUCUGGACGCUAUGCACAAGAGAGGAGAAAACCAAGGAUACAAGCGAUGAUUAAGAAGGAUGCGAUGGAUCCGGAGGGAAUGGCGGAUCUGGAGGCUCCGGCGGCUUGGGAGUUACCGCCGGCGUCGGACAUAACAAUCGCCAAAGGAGAGAGGAAGAAACACACGUCUCACGAUGACUCGGUAGAUGGAAUGUCAAAGUGGCAAUCAUCGAGACGGUCUCUGCAUCCAUGA